CAGUUAGUCGUGCGUUUGUAAUACAUUUUAUAUACGGAACGAAAUAAAGCCUUCUUUACACAUUGAUCAAAUAACAGAAUGGCAUCGAAAGCAGGGUUGCCCGUUGAUAUGGAGCUUAAAAAGGCAUUUCAAGAACUUCAGAUAAAGAUGAUUAACUCCAAAAAUCAAAUUAAGAUCUCCGAUGCUCAGAUAGAGGCCCUUAAGAGAACAAUUCAGCAUUCAAAAUUGGUAUAUCAUGAACUGUCAUCCCUGGCAGAAGAAACCCGUCUGUAUGAAGGAGUGGGCAGAAUGUUCAUAUUGCAGCCUCCUCAAGAAAUUAAAAAGCAGUUAGAUUCAAAAAUGAAAGCAUCAGAAGAAAAAAUAGAAUCCUUACAGAAAAACAAAACAUAUUUAGAAAGAAAUAUAAAAGAAAGUGAGGACAAUCUUAGAGAAAUGAUAACAAGUCGUCAACAAGCAAAAUAAAUAAACUGAUUACAUCAUUA